CCACAUUGGCCAACAAUGUCUAUGGUCACACCUAUACCCUAAUUUAACCUUUCACACACAUUUCCUUAAUUUAUUCUCAUAUAAUGAAGUCAUAACACGAAGUAACAUUAAUCUCCAAAGCAAUGGGGUCUGGUUUUUCCACCGCCGACGAGGACGGAUCUGAUCCGGCGAAGAAUAGUAGAACACGAUCGCCGGGUCUUGGAGAGUUACCGGAGAACUGUUUGGCUAUGGUUCUGUCAUACUUAGACCCACCUGAUAUCUGUAACCUGGCCAGAACCAAUCGGGCUUUUUAUCAUGCAUCGUCUGCUGAUUUUAUAUGGGAAUCCAAGUUGCCUGAAAACUACCGGAUUCUCGCCAGGAAACUGGUGUUGUACGAUGGGAGUCUUGCAUGUUUUGGGAAGAAAGACAUUUAUGCUGGUUUGUGUUCUCCCGUUCGCUUCUCCAGUGGUACAAAGGAAGUGUGGAUAGAGAAAGAAAGCGGAGGAAUGAGCAUGUUGGUUUCCUGGAAGGGGAUGAAGAUAACAGGCAUCGAUGAUCGCAGAUACUGGAGCCACAUUCCCACACUCCAAUCAAGAUUCUACAGCAUUGCAUAUCUCAAACAAAUAUGGUGGCUAGAAGUAGAAGGAGACGUAGAGUUUGAGUUUCCACCAGGGAGUUAUAGCCUUUUCUUCAGUCUCCAUCUCGGAAAACCAUCCAAAGGGCAAAACCGACAAUGCUCAUCAAUCACUCCGCAAGUCUAUGGUUGGAACAUCAAGCCUGUUAGGUUCCAAUUUUCAGUAUCCAAUGGUCAGCAUGUAACAUCAGAACAGUUUCUAAAUGAGCAAGGAAAAUGGUUACGUUAUCAUGUUGGGGAUUUUGUGAUCGAGGACUUGUGUAAGCCCACAAAAAUUAAGUUUUCAAUGACACAAAUUGAUUGUACUCAUCAGAAAGGUGGUUUAGCGUUAGACUCAUUAUUCAUUUGUCGUAAUCAGCUUGCAAGUGGACGAUGACAAGUUGGAUGUGUAACAACAUUGUUUCAUAAAUUUAGGAUCAAUAAUGAAAAG